AGGUGCCUGAGCCGGAGCGGGCCCGCCAGCGGUCCGGCCCCGUCGGCGCAGAGGGUCCUGUGGGCUGCGCCCGGGAGCGGCCCGGCUCCCCGAUGCUCCCGCGCCGGCUGCCGCGGGCCGGGCUGUGCGCUUAGUGCCCGGCUCUGGCCCGCUGAAGUGCCCGCGGGGGUGGGAGCGGCCUCGGCCCCGCGGAGACGGAGCGGCUGGAGGACGAGGCGGCGGCCGCGGGGAGGAGGAUGGGGGCUAACCAGUUAGUGGUGCUCAACGUGUACGACAUGUACUGGAUGAAUGAAUACACCUCAUCCAUCGGAAUUGGCGUUUUUCAUUCGGGAAUUGAAGUAUAUGGCAGAGAAUUUGCUUAUGGUGGCCAUCCUUACCCCUUUUCUGGAAUAUUUGAAAUUUCCCCAGGAAAUGCUUCUGAACUAGGAGAAACAUUUAAAUUUAAAGAAGCUGUAGUUUUAGGGAGCACGGACUUCCUGGAGGAUGACAUCGAGAAGAUCGUGGAGGAGCUGGGGAAGGAGUACAAGGGCAACGCCUACCACCUGAUGCAUAAGAACUGCAAUCACUUCUCCUCAGCCCUGUCGGAGAUUCUCUGCGGGAAAGAGAUUCCUCGCUGGAUCAAUCGACUUGCCUACUUCAGCUCCUGUAUACCCUUCCUACAGAGCUGCCUCCCCAAGGAGUGGCUCACCCCCGCGGCCCUGCAGUCCAGCGUCAGCCAGGAGCUGCAGGACGAACUAGAGGAGGCCGAGGACGCUGCCGCGUCCGCCUCCAUGGCCAGCGCCGCAGCGGGCUCCAGACCCGGGCGCCACACUAAACUAUAAACGUCUCCAAAGUCACACCUUCAGAGCUGUCUCUGACAGUUGACUAUCAACUAGAGAAAAGUAAAAGAGUAAGCGUCCUCUGGAUAUUUUGUAUGCAAAGAUGGCUCUCCCCCCAAUCCCAGUUUUUCAGCUCAGGAUUAUAUUUGUAAUCAAAAGAAUCACUUGGCGCAGGAGGGAGAACUUUCUAUGAAGCUUCCCUCUGGUUUUUUUUACCCACUUGUAAAUUUGGAUUUACUUCUGUUUUAUACGAGCUCUGUUAAGUUAUGUUUACAGUAUUUUGUAUCGCUGUUUACAAAUCUUGCAUGGACUCCUGCCACCGUGAAAGAAGAGAAUCUUCAUGGCUUCAAAAACGAGGCAGGUCAUCUUUGUACACCUCCGACAGUUGCCGGAGCUAUGGUGUUAACACUAGGCACACGAGAGGUACUUGGGCGGUGAGAGUCGCCAUCAUCCGCUUGAGAAUGGUCUUUUAGGUCUGUGUUUGGUUUUGUUCACGUUCAGGACGCCGAGGGGAAGGAGCACCCACGGCCGAGGGCAGCAGCUCCUGCCUUGCGGAGGAGCGCGCUGCCCAGGCUCCCCCCAAAUGCAGGGGGGGAGGUGCUUGCAUCCCAAAUACCAGUCCACCUCAGCAGCCUGGUCCCUUCCUGCGUCCGUCUGGCUUGGACCCCUCUGAUUCUAUAGUUAAGAUGGUUUUCGUUAAAGAUAUUCUUGCUAGUCACUAAGGAGUAUUUUUGCACACGUGUUGGGGGCUUCACCUUUAUUUUAAUACCUCCCACUACCCUCCUCCCUGCACCGGGCUGUGACAACGGGGUAGGAAGAUCCUAAGCGGGCAGCCUUCUGAGUAGCGGUGUGAGUUGACAUUCAGCUGCUUUCUAACUGUUCGGGCUGCCUUUUAUACGAGACCUUGAAAACUGGAGUCUGAAGUAACACUGUCCACAGAGUGAAUCAUUUGAUAUUCCACCAUUUUAUGUACCAUUUCAGACAGAGUGUGUUGGAGUCCGUUGGCUUGUGAUGGGAGUAGCGUCACCUCAUCUUAGAAAACCGAGUCUCGUUGACUUUUUGUUGAAAGAUAUUUGUGUGUCAUAAAAUUCAUCUUUUUCUGUUCUCUCAAAUGUGUCUCUUACAGAAACUACUCUGAGAAAAGAAAUUGUCAACUGCAGAUAAGUCCUCAUUAGCAGGGACUCCGUCUGCUCAAAUCUACUCCCAGUUUGACCCUUGGAUGUAAGAGCCGAGUCAUUACAUGUCAGAUUCAAUUUUUCUGCCUUAAGAAUGAAUGUCCUACAUAGAAUAUUGGAUGCAGCGUAUAAAUUAUCCAAGGCAGUGACUUCAGCUUUAUAGAGAUUGUUAGUUUUAAAGGCACCUACUUUUAUUUAAACUUCUAGAUUGGAUUGUUUGCUAUUGUUCUUUGUAAAGAUACAUAUCUUUCAGUAAAGGACAUUUUUAACUUUUCCAUCAGCUGAUUUUGAUUCAUUUUAUCAACUGAAGCACACACUAUUCCUAGGGAAACCAAACCUUGGGUUAGAAGCUUUGACCUGAGGAAAAUGAAGCCACUUAACCUAAUUUACGCUUUUGUUCUGUUUCUGGAGAAGAAAGCCUUGACCAUUCUCCCCUCAGUUCUUUAGAGGGUGCAGAGCCCUCGCUUAAGAGAUGUGACAGAAGGAAAAAAGGAGUAUAUGAUCUUUGUGAGAAGUUGACUUGGUUCAGGCCUAAAAAAGAGAUUUAGAAUAAAACACUGACUCUGGCCAUGUAUCUGUUCCCUCAGAGGAGAGUCCUAGCACCAAAACCCAGGUUAGUGGAAAGUGUCUGAGGCAGUUUGCUUGGGAUUUUUUUAAAUAACGUGGUGGAUGACAGUUGUUUCUCAUCCAUUCAGAUAUACAUGAUUUUAGUCUGUGCUGCUGACCCACAUAAAGGAGUGGCCAUCCGUUAGACCCAUCUUGGUGAAUAGCCAGGAACACCCCAUUUGUGCUUAUCUGGAAUCCAGCACCUCGGCACACAAAUGAUUUCACCACUGUUCUGUUGUAUUUACUUUCAUCUGCAGCAUUUGGAGUGAAAAAUAGCGUGAAGGGGCCUGGUAGAAAUAACAAAUGGCCUGAGGCCAUUUAUCAUACUAGCAAUCAGCAUAUAAAAUUCUGGGUGUGAGAUUGCUUGCAAUCCAGUUGUACUUGAGGUUGUCUUUACUUUAGAAAAUCUCAUUUAAACCAGUUCCCCUCUAUAGUUCAAAGUUGAGGUUGGACUUAAUGGACUAGCAUUUAACCAGCUUUUUCUUGCCCUUGCCGGGAAAGAAUUGUGUUCUCAGCCUGAUCUCUGUUCAGAAAAAUCCAGUCAUUUAGAUACAUGUGGCGUGACAGAGUCAGAGAUUCUCUUUGUAGUGGGAACCAAGCAAAACACAUUUCUCAUGGUGGGUUGGACAGCGACAAUGUGGGAGGGCCAGAAGCUUCUGGUUUCUGUUUGUUUUCAGUGCCCUAGGGUUGGUUGGUUGGGGUUUUGUCAACCCUAAGAAAAGGGCAUCGGCUUUGGAAAGUGGCCUCUGGAAUUGUAGGAGGUGGCAUGGAGAGAGCCCCCGCUGGAGGCCUGGACCCCAGCUAAAUGUUCCUCUGACCCACAGCAAUAGCACACAGCUCCCUUCACCAGCAUCCGCACAGAGCAGGGAAGUCCGGUGUUCGCCGAUGGGUGCCGCUGCGCGCACAAGGAGAGUCCACGCUACACUCAGCUGCGGGACUCCGUAUCCAUGGCUUCUCUCCAUCACAAAACGGGUAGAAACACAUUCACUGCUUCAGGGCUCGAAUCUGUGUGUCUUCUUACGGCUCCAUUUCUGCAAGAUACUCGGUCAUUUCGAUGGCGUGCGUGCUGUGUUUCUUCUGCCAUCACACGUUCUUCCCUUCCGUAGGGUCGUAGGGUGCGGCUCAGUGAUUAGACUCGCCUUGUCAAUACACAUCUUCACUGUUCAAGAGGUGUUAACAACUGUUAAAGAGUCUUCAUGAACCUGAAGAUAAUUUCUUGUGAAGUUGAAUGCAAAUGUACUGUCAUUCAUAGUGUUUAUAUGAAAAAAAAAAUACCAGGAAUUUCACUUUUGCUACCUUGAUAUAGCAUUGGGCUAUCAUGUUAACAACAUUGAAAUACAUCGAUUUAUUAAAAAAAAUACUUUUAUA